AUGUAUAAAGACCAAGUUCACAGUGUUGGAGGCACUGACGGCUCUAACCAGAUGUUGUUGGGUUCACAAACACAAGGGAACGCUGAUGGUUCCAUGCAGCCGAAUGAUCUUCAGAGCCACCCACAUUUUGGGUCUUCCACCUUGAACCAGCUGCUGGAUAUACCCACAAGUUCACAAACUCAACGGCAUAUUGGUUAUCCCCCGCAGCCAAGUGACCUUGUUAGCCCCCACCAACAUUUAGCACAAAAUCGUCAACCGUUGCAAAGAUCUCUAAGCAAAGAUCAAAAAUACAGGCUGCGUCUCAAGGAAAAAGAGCAAAAGAAGGAUGAACAACUUGCUGACUUUAGAUUGAAGCUUGCGAUGAAGGAUGAACAGCUUCUUCGCCUUAUAUCGGAGAGUGGGGAAAAGGAUAUACAGCUUGCUCGCCUUAAAUCAGAGCUUGCAUUCAAGGAUCAACAGCUUGCUCACCUUAGAUCAGAGAAUGAGAUGCUGAGAAAUAACAAAGAUGAAAUGAUUGCUCACCUAAUAUCAGAGAUUGAGAUGCUCAGAAAAGAAAUCACAUCAUUUAUCAAGCAUAACAACCUCCUCACUCAUUGA